CUAAAUAUCUUAACCUACCAAGUUGAUGUUAGUCAUAAUUGCUUCGUUCUCGUGACUUUGUGUGGAAAUUAAAAUGGGUUGCCACGUGUAAAGGUACGUUAUUAAUGGCGAUUCAGCUGAUGACGUUCACGUGAAGAAACAAGAAAACACCAAUUCCUUGGUACCAAUUUAAAAGAAGAUAUGCCUCCCAAGUUUAGUCGAGUUAACGGGGACGACAGAUCCACCGCCAGAGCUUCUGAAAGGGUCAGUUUACUUGAUGACUCAGAUGAUGAAGAUGGAUCCAACAUAUUUGCAGCACCUGAUGGUUUUCAUCACAUAAAACCGCAACCAACAGUGAAGGAUGGGAUAGCAAAGGUGAAAUCAGAAAUUAAGGGUGUCAUGGGAAUAAUGCAAGACAAUAUAUCAAAAGUACUGGACAGAGGUUCAAAGUUAGAAGACCUGCAAGAUAAAUCAGAGGGACUGGAGAUGAGUGCAUCACAUUUUAGAUCAGGGUCCAGAAGACUACAGAGAAAGUUAUGGUGGCAAAAUUUUAGACUCAAGUUAAUCUUUGCAUUUAUCUUCAUUGUAAUUCUCAUUAUCAUAAUAGUUCCGAUUGUUGUGAAGAGUAAAAAGAAGUCAGAAGAGUAAAAAGAAGUCAGAAGACAACUCCAGAUGAAGGUCGUUUUUUCAAAAAUAUAUUGAAUUAUAAAUGAAAUUUAUUUCAGCCUAGGAUUAUGAUCAAAUGUUAGAGUACUGCUGAAUGAAAUAUUUUAGGAAAUUGCAGCAAGAGGAAACAAUGAGAAAAAUGUUUAACGUGUAGGUGUCUUUACGUGCCUUUACGGACUUGUAUAUAAAAAUAGCUUAACCUAAUAGUACACAAAUUGAAAAUCUCACAGUUUUAGCCUUGACAUUUUUUCUUUUCUUUUUUGUUAAAUAUUUGUGUACUUGUAUAAUUAUUUCUAUUUGAUAGAUGUUCCUAAAUUGUCUCUACCAUUUAAAUUCAGUUUUCUCUGCGGGACUAAAAAUAACUGUACUUCACUAAGAUUACAUAUAUUUUCGGGUGGGAGUUAAAUUCACAAUCUGUGAAAGAUGAGGAACUCUUUUUUUAAAAUAUAAUAUUUAUUUGAAAUGCAGAGAAAGUUUGUGAACAGUUCUUCUGGAGUGUCAAUUAUGUCUGAAUAUUCACCAAGAUAAGCUCAUUAUGACUAAAUUCCAAGCGACCUGAUACUUGCUAUGCACCGACUGAACAUUUCGUGAAUUAGAAAACCUAAUUUAGCAGUAGAACACAUUAUUCCGGGCUCUGCAACGUAAUAACGUUACCGAUAAGCUUGAAAGUCACUCGCCUUCGACUUGUGAUUUACAAGCUUUUCUCUUGUUCUCCCAACAGUCCAUGUAGCUUUAAAAAGUUAUAGAUCCCAGUAAAUUGUUAUGUGUUGCUCACUUAGGCAUGCACAAUUAAACUGGUACUGAUCUAACCAAGCGCUUUUGCAAUAAAGUUCCUCUUCUCAAAAACUAUCAGAAGAAUAUCAGAAUGAGCAAUUGUUGCAUGAGAACUUGCCUCCAAAGGUAGCCAUUCUCGUUCAGCAGCGAUUUGAGGGAAAAAGAGUGCUAUAAGGUGGCAAAGUUUAUUUAUGUUAUUGCACGAGAUUAACUUCAAACACGGAAAACGGUUGGUUAAAGUUGAGCAGGCUUCAAUCCAAACGAUGAAAAGUUGACGCGAUAGAGGGUGUGGUUCGGAAGGAAAAUGGGAAGGACAAAAAGUAAAUGGAAAAAAAAAAGGAGAUAAAGAGCUUCAUAGAAAAAGCACAUAUGAUUUCCAGUACACGUCGCAUAGUUGAUGUGAGUAUGUAAAUUUUUGUUUUUUUUUUUUUUUUUGAAUGUCUGCUCCCACGUAAAAAUAGGCGCGCAGAAGGCGGAAUUGAACCGCUCCGACGCUAAUCGGCUACAGGUUUGAAGCCUGCACCCCACACCAGUGAGGCUCAUCCGCGCGAUGAAAAACGAUUUCUUGUGAGAUGUGCAUAUAAAAUUCGUCAACGGAGUAAAAAUAUACUGUUUAUUGCAAAUCACGUUGAAGUGACGUAUCGAUUUUCUGAGUUUUUUCACGCUAUUAAUUACAAAUUAUCACCCCUUUCUGUCAGAAAAAGACUGAUAUUCUAAUGAUAAAGUCUCAUGCAAUUUGUUUAUGAAUGCUGACACACCGAGUUUCAAUUUUCAUUCAUUAACUGGCACUCGUUCUCUACAUUUUAAACGGGCUAUAAAUUUUGACCUCCUUUUAAACGCAAACUCCGUACUGGUACGAACGUUUUAUUGACACGUCCCUAAAUACCUACGCCGUUUGAGUAAUUCGUUAUAAAUUGAUUCUUGAAAUCAUGAAAGUUCUUUA